AUGAAGAUACUUUGUAUUUUCCUGACCUUUUUCUUCACUGUGUCUUGUGGUCCAUCAGUUUUACAGAGGAGAACAAGAGAAAAAACAAGAGAAAUUACACAGAGAAAAACAGAAUGUUACCUUGUUCGUGGUGUUUGCAAGACUUCAUGCAACACCUGGGAAUACGUAUAUAAUCACUGCGAUAUUAAGCCUUGCUGUGUUAUACGGGAAUACAGAAAGCCAGACGCUAAAUACGAUACUGCUACAGCUUAUACAGAUGUAAAUUAUAAUUAUACUACACCAUACAACACUACACUGUAA